AGACUUAGAUUCGUCUCAAUGUAUACAUAGUACUUCGUAAAUACUUCAUUCGAUUUUUGACGUCACCUCGAAACUAGCUUAUGUAAUGAGAUCACAUUAAAAAAAAAAGGGGCAUUCUUUCAAGUCUAGACAGUUGAACUUGAACACGAGCAAAGGAGCUACCACAACCUACUGAAAAUCAACAUUCAUGCCCUCCAUGAACAACGGCAAAAGCAUUAGGGUUUUGUGCCCUAAACUCAUCCUCCCCAGAACCAACGAUGAACCUCUUCAAUGGCUAAUCGGAUCACCAUUUUUCCCUCAAUUCACCAUCGUUUCCACCGUCCGAUGUCUUCACUACUCGCCGUCCGAUUCUCUCUCUCCUGAUUUCUCCAAAGAGGUAGACGAUCUCAGAUCACUCAUAAUCAGAGGAUUUCAUGUAAUUGGAGCUUUGAUUACUGGUAAAAAUGGUGAUUUGGUACAAUUGGCGAAGCAGGCGAUUACUGCUGCUAGUAAAUUGAAGGAAGUUUUGUAUGAUGGAGAGAAUUUGGGGAAUUUUGAUGUAAUUGGCGGUGUUUCGGGUUUGAGUGGCGAUGAAGUUAAGUUUUUCGUGGCGAAUUCGGGGAAUUUGAUGAAUGUGGAGGUUGUGGAGUGUGUAUUGUAUGAAGAGAAGCCGGAGAAUUAUGUUUGGGAGAGAGGGUGUUUGUUGAAAUGUGAACUUCCUAUUAAAUUACCUGUUUAUUUUCCUGCAAAUAAUGAUUCAGAUGCCAUGGGCAGGUUUUUGCAUGCAAAUGAAGCACUGGCCACUAUGUUCAGAGACCCCCAGCUCACAUUCAUCCUAGAAGCGUUGGACAAAUUCUCAGAUGCCCUACCUCGUCCUGUUGUUGUUCGUGGUUCAGAGUUGGACUUUCAAACAGACAUCUCAGAUAUUAAGCUUUUGGAUGACAUUGCGAAAAAGUCCGAUGGAAAGUCAUUGUGCUGUUCAUACUUCUGUUUAGAGAGAAAACCAGCUGUGGAUGUUGAGAGUGCAGAUACUAUUCAGGUGACUGUCCUCUUAAAUAAAUCGAUUAUAUCUCCUCAAUCUGUUGCGCCGGUGGCAGAAUAUUGUCCUGCUCCAGAGGAAGCCAUACUGAGGGUUGUGGAUUAUAAAUUGGAAGUUAUUUGUUAUGCCGUCAAAGAUCUUCCUCUCUCACAUGCAGUUUCAAAACUAAUGAUUCCUGCCCUACUCGACCAGUUAACAACUAUGAAAAACAUUAUCGCACGUUCUUUCUUAGCUCAGCAUCCUCAGAUACGUCCAUACCACUUCCGUCCCCCUGGAAUUUUGCACCCAAUAACAGCUAUUUAUGAACUGAGUUACGGUGAGACGGAACUGAAGCAAGUUGAAGCAAGGAGGUCUCUUCAUCUUCGGCUGGGUUUACCUUCUGAUCGCCCUCUCUUACGAGUUGCCAAUGCCUUAAAAGUUGCUAAGUCCAUUUCUAAUGAAGGGGUUUCAUCCAAGAAAGGCUAUUCAUUGCUGAAGGAUGUACAUGCUGGCAUUCCUAGUAGUGGGGUUUCUGGGGGUCUUAUGUCUCUGGUUCAAGGUUCUUAUGAAUAUCACCACUACCUUCAAAAUGGCUUUGAUGACUCGGGGUGGGGAUGUGCUUAUCGCUCAUUACAGACCAUAAUAUCUUGGUUCAGACUCCAGCAUUAUACUUCAAUUGAUGUUCCAACUCAUAGGGAGAUACAGGAGGCACUAGUGGAGAUUGGUGAUAAAGAUCCUUCUUUCAUUGGAUCACGUGAGUGGAUUGGUGCCAUUGAGUUAAGCUAUGUGCUGGACAAACUAUUGGGUGUUACCUGCAAGGUCAUGAAUGUAAGAUCUGGAGCUGAACUUCCUGAGAAAUGUCGAGAGUUAGCCUUGCAUUUUGAGAACCAAGGAACACCCAUCAUGAUUGGUGGUGGUGUCCUCGCAUAUACACUUCUAGGAGUUGACUACAAUGAUGCAAGUGGUGAUUGUGCGUUCCUAAUCUUGGAUCCUCAUUACACUGGCGGUGAAGAUCUAAAGAAAAUUGUAAAUGGUGGUUGGUGUGGGUGGAAAAAGGCUAUUGAUAGCAAGGGAAAGAGUUUCUUCUUAGCCGAUAAGUUCUACAAUCUAUUGCUGCCACAAAGACCGAACAUGGUUUAGCUGUCUAUCUGGUAGUGAAAUACAUCGCUUGUGACUCAGAGAGAUAACUACUGCUAGCUUAAAUUAAGUUCCUGGAUCUUUACUGCAUAGAACCACCCUUUUCAUUAGCAACGUUUUGAGGGUUAGCGAAUCUUCCCAGCUCCUAUUAAUUUCAUUAGGCAACAUCAUACUUAGCUAAGACGCUGGUUUUGUACAGUGCCCAAGGUUGUCUUCCAAUUCUUGUACACAAAGCUGUGAGGGAGAUGAGGUUAUAACUUUGGAGAUCUUAUUUGUCUUCAUGUAGAGUUUGGUUCUUCAUGUGCUAUUAUUUAUGUUUCUCUAAAGUUAUGGUAGUACUUACUAUUCAAUGAAAUAGAUAAUGUUAAGUUUCAUAUCAUUGUUGU